ACCGCUGAAAUUAGAAAUGUUACAACGAGGACAGGACUGCAAUAAACAUGUUUGUUCAUUUUGGAAUAAUACUUCUUUUGUCCCAAGGACUCUGUGGCGGAGUGGACGUUUCGGAAGCUAUUGAUGGAGACAGCCGAAUAAUUGGUGGCCAAAAUGCCUCCCCAGGCAUGGCUAAGUACCAAGUCUCAAUACGUGCUCAUAGUGGAAAAAAAGAAUGGCACACUUGCGGAGGAUCUAUUAUAAAUCAACAGUACGUCUUAACUGCCGCGCAUUGCAUUGUCAAGAAACGAACCAACGAGUUGUCUAUAGUAGUUGGCAGUCACCAGAUCAAAACAGGUGGCCAGCGUUACAAGAUUAAGAAAUUGGUGCCUCAUGAGCAGUUCUCAAAGGCCACAUGGAAGAAUGACGUAGGCGUCGUACAAGUCGAAGGCAACAUCAAAUUCAACGACAAUGUUCAACCAAUUGAGUUGUUCAAACAAGAUAUAUACGUUGGAACGAAAUGUCUUUUGACCGGUUGGGGAAAAGUUGACCUCAAAAAGAACAUUUACCCGAACGAUCUACAAAUGUUGUACUUCAAAACUGUAAGUAAUUACGGGUGCUCUAAAAAAUUGUAUCUACGCGAGUCUGUUCGGCCGGGUUUGCCCUUGAAUAUUGGACAACUCUGCGCUAAGCACCCGAGCCACAAAGGCGUAUGCCAUGGUGAUGGCGGUGGGCCCCUCGUUUUAGAAAGGGGUAACAAAUAUAUUCAAAUAGGAGUCGUGUCCUGGGGAGUUUCCUGCGCUGAAGACUUUCCCGAUGUAUUUGCUUCAGUCCCUGGUAACUACAAUUGGAUACAGAGCAAAAUUAGUGAUUAAAUUCAUAAAUAUUCAACAUUGUAACAUCUGAUCUAAAUAAAUAUCAUUUGAAAUAAAA